AUGGGACUGGAUGAAGUUGAUGAGAAUAUCACAUAUGAAUCAUUAUUGCAAGUACAUAAUCUGUGGCUAGGGUAUAUUCAAAGCCUUUUGGGACUUGUCGAUCAACGUGGUCAAGCCAAUCGAUCUAUCAUUCAAACAUCUUCAAACUCUUCGCAAGCUUCGAUCAAUUCUGGCAAUCAGUCAGCAAUUCAAGGCACAAUUGUCAAAGCUGACUUUACUGGAGCUCCCAUUCGUGUGAUUCGAGCCAAAAAUCCUUCUUUGGUAGGCAUACAAGGCAUCGUUGCAAAAGAGGGCGAAUCUACGUUUCAAUUGAUACCACAACCAAAGCCUGUUCGAAGUCAAAAUAAGAGAAGAAAAAGAAUCGAUCCAUUUGCUCCAAAUGUAGCAAAGCUAGAGAUCACCCUCUAUGGCAAUCAGCUUUGCAACACUUUACCCACUCGAGCGACAAAGAAAUUCAAAGCAAGGAGAACAAUUGAACUUGGUUCAUAAAAAUGAUGAAUGUGUAAGAUAUGUAAUAUUAGACAAGAUACUUGAGAUAAAUAUGAUACAUAAAAAGGGUAUGGAUGU